AAAAAAUAAAUACAUACCAAUAUUUGUGAUUGUUGUGAUAUAAUUAUUUAAUACAAGAAAUAUGAUUUUAAUAAUACGUGUGUGAUAUUUAUAACCAGCCUAAUUUGAAUUGAAACACAUUAUAUAAUAUUGAUAGCUCGCGAACAACAUUCAUAAAAUUUCAUUUGGAAUAUAACUUUUUAAACAUUUUUUCUUUGAUAAUAUAAUGGAAUCGUUAUCAAAACAAGAACUUAUUUCAACAAUAACGAAACAGGCAGAUCAAAUUAAGCGAUACGAAGGUCGAUUAAGAGAUGUUGUUGCUGCAUAUAAAGGUCUCGCUAAAGAAAAGGAGGCUCUGGAGAUAAGUUUGAAGGCGUUAAAUAGGACUGAAAAUAAUGAAGAUGGCUCAAAAGACUCCAUAGCAGCUCUCACCCUGUCACUGUCGACACUAUCAGCAGAAAAAGCACGAAUGGAAGAGGCUUUCCAGACUGAUAAGAAGGUGACUAGGGAUAAGUAUGAGAACAUGUUGGCUUCAACAAGAGAAGAGACUAAGACGUUGGUUCAACAACAUUUAGCAGAAGUCGGUAAUCUUAAAGCUAAGAUUGCUUAUGAAAUUCAAGAACGAGAGAGGGAGAGGGCUGAUCACGCUGCAAUGCUGAAGGAAUUACACAUGAAACUAAAUUCCGAGAGAAAAACCAAAGAGAAGCUAGAGGAUAAAGUUGUACAUAAUACAGAAGCACAAGCAUCUCAGGCAGAAUUGGAGAAGCGAGUUCGUGAUCUGAAUAGUUCUCUGGAAGCUUCUCAGAGGAGAUUACAAAGGGCCGAGGCGAGGACGGUCGAGACACCCGCUCUGCUCGUUAGACUGCAACAGAAACUGGCUUUGUUGGAGCAAUCGCAUUCCAUCGCGAUACGAGAGGAACAAAUAAAAGCGAAACGCGCUGAGGAGUCGGCGCGUAAAGUCUGCGCGAGACAAGAGGAAAGAGUCGCGCUCCUGGAAGGGAAACUGGCAGAGCUGUCGCAGACCAUUGGGGAGUACGACUUGCUCCGGAGACGAGACCAGCAGCUCAUCCAGCAGCUCAGGGACUCGCUCAACGGGAGACUUCUGGACAAAAUGGCGAGCAGCAGCGUCAUCGAUGAAAGUCAAAUAAGCGAAACUGAUAACGAGAAAUUAGCAGACAGCGAAUAUCUUCAAACAUUAAUAGACAAGAUACACAUACUGAAGAAGGAGUUGAUAGCAGAAAACGACAAACUCGGCAACCCAAUAGAGCUGUCGGCGGUAUUCAAAUUGGACGGCUACGAGAAUAUUCAUAGUAAAUGUCGAUUGGAGCUGGAGAAUUUGAAAAUCGAAUUCGAAACUUAUAAGUUACAAAAUGCUAAGGUUAAAGAAAGCGGACAAGAGGUUGAGAGUGAGAUGGAAGAUCUGAAGAGUGAGAUGGCGGUGUUAAAGGAGAAAACCGAAACUUAUAUACUAUUACUGGAGGACGAAAAGCAGGACAAACUUGACUCUUUAAGACUACACGAAGAGAAACUGAAAUCCGAAAAGGAGUACCACAAAGAGGUUGUAUCGGAUCUGAAAACAAGAAUACAGAGUCUAGAGAAACAAGUUCAGACCCAACGUGACAGAUACGCAACUUUACUGGAAGAAACCGAUAAUUAUAUAAGAUCUAGAAACGAUCGGUCGAGGAAAGUUAGUACUGAAGAAGGAAACUGGAAAGAUGGUCAUGGAGUAUUAAAUGACGGAACCGCUCCCCCCCACAUGCUGCACUACGCGCACGAGCUCGCUAGGAAGGACCUCGACAUCACACAAUUGAGACGGGAGAAGCAUACCCUGGAGGGACAGUUUAGAGAUUGUCAGCGCGAAGCAACGAUCGAGAAAGAGCGAUUUAAGGAAGUGAUAAGAACACUAAAGGAAGAAAUUGACAGGCUUAGGAGGAUACAAUCAAGGGAAGGAGCGAAUUUAGAAUAUCUGAAGAACGUUGUCAUGGCGUACUUAAUGUCGAGCGACUACGCGGGCCGGAAGCACAUGUUGAACGCUAUAGCUGCUGUGUUACAUUUCACUGACAACGAAAGGAAAAUAGUCUUUAACACCUUGUGAAUAAGGAUCGUUUUAAAUCAUCAUAAAUAUUUUUGGUCGGGACUGUAACUGUCAGCGUAUUUUUCGUUAUACCAAUAAAAUAAUAAUAAAAAUCAUAUAUACACGUUUAACAUCAAUUUUACCCCCUUUAAGGUGAUGUUUUAAAUGAUAUGCCAGCAUUGCCUUCCCCUUCAACUCGCAAUAACAUCAAUAGUAAUAUCAUAAAUACGAAAGUAACUCUGUUCUUACGCUUUCACGGCCGAAGUUUCAUCAAAUUUGAUGAAACUUUUCAUGACGUAAGCUUGAACUGCGAAGAAGGCUAAUUGUUAUACCUAAAGCCCGAGGAACAACUCCUGAAACGCGUGCGGACCCGCAGGCGACAACUAGCGGUAGAAUAUGUUCCA